GCUUUGCAGGGGUCAAUUAUAUAGUUACUUCCUCACGGGAACCCUCAUUUUCAUAAAAGUCUAGUCUUCGCUUUCGGUAACCAAAUCGAAUCGGAUCCUUCCUUGAAAAUACCCCUUAUCUGUUUCCUUACAUUAUUAUUAUUCUUCCACCAAAUUAAAUUCCAAUACCCUAAUUUCUGUCGAUGCAUUCAAUCGUACUCUGAAGACAGCUUCAAUUUUUGAUGCGUUUUGAUUUUGACCCUCGAAACACAGAUUAGAAAAAACAAUGAAGAAAUCGAAUUUCUUGAGAAGUUCAAAAGAUAUGCUUACCAAGAACUUCAAUUCCACCAAAUGUAAGAUGUCGUUAAAGCUAGCGUCUUCAAGGUUGAAAUUGUUGAAGAACAAGAAGGAAGUGCAAGUGAAGCAAAUGAAAAGAGAACUGGCCCAGUUGCUCGAUUCUGGUCAGGACCGGACAGCAAGAAUUCGCGUGGAGCAUGUUGUUAGGGAGGAGAAGAUGAUGGCGGCAUAUGAUCUUAUAGAGAUUUAUUGUGAACUGAUCAUUGCACGCUUGCCUAUUAUUGAGUCACAAAAAGAUUGCCCCAUUGACUUGAAGGAAGCAAUCACCAGUGUAGUAUUUGCGUCACCAAGGUGUGGAGACAUAACAGAACUUGUAGAUGUGAGGAAGCAUCUUACCUCAAAAUAUGGAAAAGAAUUCAUAAAUGCAGCAAUUGAGCUCCGUCCGAGUUGUGGAGUUAGCCGAAUGUUGGUUGAGAAGUUAUCUGCCAAGGCACCUGAUGGGCAGACCAAGAUGAGAAUCUUGGGGGCAAUUGCUGAGGAACAUGGUAUUCAAUGGCAUCCAAAAUCAGUAGAAGAGGCGGAGUCGGUGCCUUCAAAUGACUUGCUGAAUGGAUCUGGUAGUUUAGAGAAGGCUGGUAACAUCCAUGAAGAUGCUACUCAUUUCGAAGCUUCAGAUGUGAGAACUCCACUUGAUCAUGGUAAAAGGCCUAAUGCAUCCUCAAAUUUCCCAGAGCAGAACACAAGAUCCUCAUUGGGGACCCAAAACUUUGUCUCUGCACAUGGUGGUGGUAGAGGCGUAACACCAUCUUCUAACUAUCAUCAUGGAGUUAGUCCUUCAGGGUCUAGGGAUGAAGGGUCAGAAGCUGGGCAGUCAAUUCCUGGAGAUGUUAAUUUUUCUAUUGGUAAGCAGAAUUGGAGUAUGGAAUUUAAGGAUGCUACCUCUGCUGCUCAAGCCGCUGCUGAGUCUGCAGAGCGUGCAAGCUUAGCUGCCAGAGCCGCUGCAGAACUUUCGAGGGUUACGAGGCAAUAUUCCUCAGAAUCUCAGAGGACUGAAGUACAGUCUUCAGGAGGUGGAGGACGAGGAAGGUAUGACACAAGUAUCAAUGAACAUUUCCGCAAAGAUUCAGCAACCAGCUCUUUACCUGAUAGAAAUCCAAGGCUUAAGAAUGAAAGGAUUGAUAGUUUGCAACAUGAAAAUCUGGCUAGAGAGGCGAGACAAUUUCACGAUAAUAAUCAUGGUACUUCAGGAGGUUCAGGACCAGGAAAGUAUGAACAUUCUCCUAAUGAUUCAGUUAUCAGAUCUUCACCUGAGAGAACUUCAAGGUUUCAGCAAGAAAGGGCAGAGAAUUUGCAACAUGAUAAUCUAGCCAGAGCAACAAGACAUCAUAAUGAUAUGCAUGGUACUUCAGAUAGGCCUGGUUCACAAGUUUCCACAGGUGCCACUGGUUCAGUUAAUAAUGACGAUUCAUUUGCUACCGUUGCAGAAGGUGAUAAGUAUGUGCAGAAAAGUUUAUCUAAAGAGGACAGUAGAAACAUUAUGAUACAGAGAAAAUCAUCUGGUAGAACCGAAUCUGAAUCCAUGAAUAGUUUUAAGAAUGAGUCAAUGGAGGACUUCAAUUAUUUUGGAGAAGAAGCUACUACAAAAUAUCCGAAAAUUAAUUCUUCAGAUUCUUAUUUAACCACUUCAGGUUUUGGUGAAAAUAUUCAUUAUUCUAGCCACCAAAGUUAUGGAAAAGAUGCGAUUAAUGAUCCAUUUUAUAAUGUUUACCAAGGUCACAUUCCUAGUGAAACUGUUAAUAAGAGUUGUGAUGAUUCUGCCUCGGUUGCUUUCGAUGAUUCUGGCUCAGAAGAAGAUUAUAAUAUCAAGUUCGACUCAGAUCCUGUAUAUGAUGACCAACAGGCCAAACUUUAUUUUCCAUCACCAGAAAGGAAAUCACCUACUUACAACUCUGCAAUUAAAAAAUCGUGGAGCUUUGACUCUGACAAAUCACUGGCAAAAUCUCCUUUGGCAUCAGAAAUCUCUGUGGGAAGGCCCUCGCCUCAAUUAUAUGGAAACUUGGCUCCCGCUGGUGACAAUUCACGACAAGAAAAUACUGUACCAACCUUUGACAAUUCUGAUGGUAUGAACUCUGAUAGUGACAUCGAAAUGGUCCGACUCCCAAUCGGAACUGAUGGGAAGAAAUGGUCACACUCCUUAUCUGACGAAAGGGUGUUCGGUGAUAUGCAAAAACAUAAUAAAACUGAUAAAAGUGACUCAAUUAGUUUCAGUUCAGAAGAUGAGGCUAAGCAUACAAAACCCCAAGAUGGAAAGGACGACCGCAAUCCACCAGCUUUGCCCCGGACACAGACAGAUGAUGGUAGUUUAGCUUCUUCAGUUUCUGGGUUCGAAAAUGAAUUCACAUUUGGGAAGUUAACUGGUGGCCUUAAGCAUAAAGGUCAUAUCCCUCCACCUUACUUGAGGAGCCAGUUGACUAAUGUUUCAUCUUCAGUCGAGAGUGGUAUGGAAAGUCCUGCGAUGAGGUCACAAGAUGUUGCUCCCUCCAAGAAUUCUGUUGGUUUAGGAAUGCAGACAAAAAGAGAUGAUAAGUCAAACUCAAGAUUGGAUGACACUCAUUCUGUUUCAGAUACCGACAGUUCCGAUGAGGAUUUUUCACAAGAAGCUUCAAGUUACAGACAAAGAACUUAUGCACGAAAAACAGGCAGCAAUACAAAAUAUGCAGGAUUACGAGGUUCAACUGCAUAUUUUGAUUCUGAUAGCAGUGAUUCCGAGGCUGGUCAUAAGAAACAAUUGAUUGCUGGUAGUAGUAGUCAAUUGAGUGGUGGGUUUUCUCGUAGGACUAAAGCUUCGUCCUUCAUCUUAGAUACAAACUCUUCGUCCAAGCUUAAAAUCAGCUCUGAGGCAGCUGUUAAUUCUGACUCUGGUGUAGACGGAAAGCUCACCAGCCGCUCUUUCGGUAUUAAAACUCAAGAACGUCUGAAACCCGUCAGGAAUUCUUGUGCGGGUGAUACAAAGGAACCGCAGAGACUGACCAGGAACUUUUACAGCAGUGAGUCGCAUGAAGCCCCAUCAGGUACAAGGAUAAGUUCAGGGCAGCCCAGCUCUGGACCUGCAAUUUCAAGGCCUAUUACACAGCCGAAGAUCACUUCACAUGAAGGGAGACAGAGGUCAGCAAGAGUGGAACAACCAUCUAGCUCUUCCCAAAUGACAGCAGCAUCAGGCAACAGUGAUGCUCCAAAGCCGCCAACCUCGGGUGGGGACAUAUUUUCUAGAGAGGAUAGCAUGAAGAAAGCUAGUCAUGUACAUCCAAAGCUGCCUGAUUAUGAUGAUAUUGCUUCCAAGUUGCAGUCACUUCGAAUGAAUCCCAAGUAAAAAGUAAUGUCUUUUUAGCUGCGUACGUACACACGGAGACUUUUUACAGUAUUACUCGUGCCCUGAGAUUCCAGCACUAUAUUUGUUUGUAAUGUUCACAUAUUGCAUUCAUUCAUUUGAUGUAAAAAUAAGUUUGGGUUAUAUGAAUACUUGGAAGUUGACGCUGUAUGGACUAAAAUUUUCUCUUUGUAACUUGAUUGAUGUUCCUUUGAAAGUGACUUGAAUUGUCCUCA